GGAGCAGCGCGAGCGCGCGCCGUUGGCGAUUGUUCUUCAUCGGAAAAUCUCAUCCGAGAGACAGAGGGAAAAAAAAAUACCCUCCUCAGAAAUGGUUUUAAACAAACUCCGGGGUCAGUGAGCUCAAACUGUGCCAUUUUCUGAGGUAACGAGGGUUAAUUGGUGCCUUUUUUUUUGAUUUCUUGUCGCAGAGCCGGAUUUUUUUUUGGUGGCGAAUCCUGAGAGAGGGAGAGACCCCGCGGAAUUGUGUGAUCAUUUAUUUUUAAAAAUCUGUUUCUCUCUCUCUCUCUCUCUUCACCUUAUCCGGGGAUACACUCCACCCCCACGACUUGUUUUGUCGGUUGAAGUUGUUUCUUUGCCAAGUGAGUGAGUGAGGAGAGCGGGAGAGGGUGGUCUCUCAUUCUCUUGAGGGAGACGGAGACUUUGGGAAAGCGGCUUCGAGGGAAUAAAGCGGCGGCGGCGGCGGCGGGAGCCUGUCUACAAUGAGUGAACAAAGUAUAUGCCAGGCACGGGCUGCUGUUAUGGUGUAUGAUGAUGGCAAUAAGAAGUGGGUACCAGCUGGUGGAGCAACUGGAUUCAGUAGAGUACAUAUUUACCACCACACAGGCAACAACACGUUCCGAGUAGUGGGGAGAAAAAUUCAGGACCAUCAGGUGGUGAUAAACUGUGCCAUUCCGAAGGGACUGAAGUAUAACCAGGCCACACAAACCUUUCAUCAGUGGCGAGAUGCCAGGCAGGUCUACGGUUUAAACUUUGGUAGCAAAGAAGAUGCCAAUGUGUUUGCAAGUGCCAUGAUGCAUGCCCUGGAAGUUCUAAAUUCCCAGGAUUCAGGUCCAACGCUGUCACGACAGAAUUCACAAUUAUUUCCACAAGUGCAGAAUGGUCCAUGUCAGGAGGAACUGGAAAUUCAGAGGCGACAACUGCAAGAGCAGCAACGACAGAAGGAACUAGAAAGAGAACGCUUGGAGCGUGAGCGAAUGGAACGUGAAAGAUUGGAAAGGGAAAGGCUUGAACAGGAACAGGUAGAACGUGAAAAACAAGAGAGAGAAAAACAUGAGCGUAUGGAACAAGAAAGACAGGAACGGGAAAGACAAGAAAGAGAGGAAAUGGAAUGGCAAGAAAGAGAACAACAAGAACAACUUGAGAGGGAACAGCUGGAGUGGGAGUUAGAACGAAGGAUGUCGUCAGCUGGUAUUGCCCCCACAAGCGAUGGUGUACAAGGACCACCAGCCCCUCCACCUGCCCCCCCUCUUCCUCCUGGGCCACCACAGCUUCCAACAUCUGGACCACCACCGCCUCCAGUUCCACCACCGGCACCUCCACUGCCAGUGUCAGGUCCUCCUCCACCACCUGGACCACCACCUCCCCUUCCUGGGCAGACCUUACCUCCUGCCCCACCACCACCUCCUGCCCCACCUCUUCCAUCCUCAGGUUUUUCAUCAUCCUUGGCUGAAGAUGAUCGUCCAUUAACAGGAUUAGCAGCUGCAUUGGCUGGGGCAAAACUCAGGAAAGUGGGCCGGACUGAUGAAGGUUCAAGUUCUAUAACAGGCAGCAUUGGUUCAGUGUCCACUUCUUCUAAAGUUGAGUCGUCACGGAGUAAUGGAGCUCCGAUUUCUAUAGGAGGUACUGGUCUGAUGGAAGAAAUGAGUGCCCUGCUGGCCAGGAGGAGGAGGAUUGCUGAGAAAGGUUCAGUUCCUGAACCAGACCCAAAAGAGGAGAAGAAUGAAGAAUCUGAAUCUUCAAAUAUGAAAGCCCCAACUGCAGUAACCACAUCAGAAACAACUAGAAAGCCUUGGGAAAGAUCAAACACUGUAAAUGGCAACAAAUCGCCAGUAAUUUCCAGACGAGAUUCUCCGUGGAGAAAUCAGCUGAUCUCUGACAACAAGUUCUGUGAUACAUUAAACAGAAGCAAAUCUGCAUCAAGUGGCCCAGCAAAUACUAAUGGUGUGCAGACAGAAUUCUUGGAUUAUGACAGAUUGAAACAGGAUAUCUUGGAAGAAAUGAGGAAGGAGCUUCAGAAACUAAAAGAAGAACUCAUCAAUGCAAUCAGACAGGAACUGAGUAAAUCCAACAAUGCAUAGACAACGUGUCAAGUGGAAUUGACCCUUUUAUUAAGAAUUGAUGACAAAUGACAGUGAGAGGGUGAUGAGAAAAUGACAAGACAUCCAGCAAAAAAUGGGAGGGAAGAGCUCUCCCACGUUCUGCAGUUGGAGAUUUUGCAGGCAGCCUCAUCACACCGUUGUGCUUUUCUUUAUUUUUCCCCCUCACUGCUUGCCGCUUUUUCUGACUUUUUUCUCAGAGGAAGAGAGUCUUCUUACUGUAAAAUUAUGCAAAUUUCUUAAGUCAGUGGAAAUCUAAUCACGGUGUGCUGAGAAGUCACAUAAAUUGAAAGAAAAAAUUUGCACAACAAUUGUGUUUCUUUUUGUUUUUUCCUCUAGGAGGUGGCUUAUAAUUUGAGCACAAAUCUUAGAGACAUCUAACUAUAGAGCAGUUAUUACUAUACUUUUCCCAAGAGUGUAGUCCUGCCUGAAUUGGAAUGGAAAAGUUUAUACAUAUAGGAAGAUGCAUUGAGUAUAAAAGCCUGGCAGAAUGGUAUAUGCUCUGUAGUGAAGGUGUCCUGGGAUUUUCUUUUAAUAUUCAAAGCAGUGGCAGUUCACAGGGUUUAAGGAUACAGAGAUGCCUUCCUUAGUUUAUUAUUGUGAUAAUGCUUUACCAAAUCAAAGACUUGUCUGUUAAUCUAAUCAGUAAUGUACGUUAAUCAGUGUACUGUCUGUAAUCAUUUUUCCCUGACUGCGCAUGUUGAGAUGUAAUUCUUUUUAUAGAUCAAAAUUGUCUGUAAACUGGUAUUUUAUCCCAUUCUAUCUGAGCAAUAGCCAGUCAUGUUAAUUUUCCGUCCAGUUGCCUUUUUUCAUGGAGAGAGUGGGGUGAGAAUGGAGCUGAGCAAUCUGACACAAUGUUCUCAUGUGGCUCACAUCUGUAUAUUCUAAUAUACCUUGUGCAUUUCUGCACACAUUUAGUUUUUCAGUUUUCAUAAAGUACUUUUGGCUAAUAGAAAAGAACCACUUUCUAACAUCUUGUUUGUUUACAAGCAGGUGUGACACAAAAGGAUGUUGAACUAUUAAGGGUAUGAUUAUAGAGACCUCUUAAUUCCUAAUCAUUGGGUAGAGUCCUUAGUCUCAUUUGUGGCUGUAAAUUCAAACAAUGUCCUCCUCACAAAGUAAUUUGCUGCUAAGAUGGAACAUUUUGUUUUUCACUGGGUAUUUUAUCCAGCAGUCUAGAGACCCUGUGAAGCGCAUGGAUUUGAUGGCAUGCCUCUGGGAUUUCCACCAAAAUCCCCAACUAUCAUAUCCACAGCUUUGGGGUAUGUUUGCUUUCUUUUCUGGGCUACUGAAGCUGUGCAUAUUAAACAUGAACAUUGGUUUGUUACUUGGUCUUGAAAAAAUUUUUUAAUGUAGUCUGGCUUUUUUAAACUUCAGAUUUUAGCCUGACAUGAGCCUCCAGCUUUCACAGUUGGACUGACAGGGCAGUGCUGUGAUAUUCUAAUCAUUCUUUGAAGUGGUAUCCUCUCCAGAAAUAGGCCACCAACUCCAACUGUUUAAGUUGGAUUAGUCCCUGUUGUUUGGGAUAGACAAACUGGACGGCAUAGUGGUAGUGAAGCAGGAUUCUUGAAUUUCAAGUCCUUUACAUUUAGUAACUUCUGGAAACUGAUUAUCUUUCUGCUGCAGACAGUUACUAAUGGCUUGUCUUGCUUCCAGCGUUACUCAUCUCUAAUAGUCACCCAGCACUUAUGUGCCACAUGGCUGUUUCAAGAACCAGAUUUUGUUUUGUUUAAAGGUGGGAAUACUAUUUCAUAUGCAGCAUUGCUUCAGGGACUUUCAUAGAUGUCAGAAUAAAAUUCCUUUUCCUUGCCCGCUGUGGGAAUCGUGAACAGGGUGCUUAAUAUAUUUUUUAAAAGUUUCCAGUGAGAUUGCUGUUUUUUUUUGGCAUAUCCCAAAUUGAAACCCAGUGUCAACUACAGUGUUAACCCAAAAGCUUUCGAUUAAAAUUGUCUCUGUGCUUUAGCAACUUUCAAUUUUAAAAAAAGUUAAAUAAUUUCAGUGACAAAUUUUCAUAAAAAGCAUUAGAAAUUUUAUCAAAUCUUCAGUUCAUAUCUUGUGGUCUUUGAUCAUUGAAGUAUAUAUAAUAGUUGCCAGGGUAUCUCCCAAUCCUAGUCACCUGUUGAAUGGUGGGUAAGUGUAGUUGUAUCCUUGUUGUCUAGAUUAUAAUGAUCUCAUGAAAGUUCUAGAAAAUUAAACUUGUGUAAAAGAUAAUAAAAUGGCUGGUUUGAUUGCCAGGAUGAUCAUUAACUACUUAAUUUUGAAGCAUUUUUCACUGAUAUCCAGAUAUGUAAAAGCAUACUCUAGAAUAAAAUAGUCACAAACACUGUUUUUUUAGAUUAAGAAACAUUUAACUUUUUUUAUAAGGUGAGAUUUUUUUCCCUUUUUGAAAUGUUCAUUGUUUCUUUUCCUUGAUUUAUCUCCAGGUAUUCAGACCAAUAGAUUCAGAAGAAUAUCAAGGGGAAGGGCAUUGGUAAUGUUGUGGAUAGUCAUCUUCCUUACAUAAUUUAUUCUUUUCCUAAAUCUCAAAAGAGGUGAUUGACCUCUGCAUAUUGUCUGACCACAAUAGGGACCAGUGAUGAUUGUGCAGAAGAAGAUCUUGACCACAGCCCUAUAUUCUAACACCAGGGCAACUGGUCUAUAUGAGUUUCCAUGUGUUACAUCAGCCAGUGCUUAGAGUUUAAACCAACUUCUUCACCAAAUGAUGGGCAAAAUUUAUUCUAUCAGUUAAAAAUAACAUGGGAAAACUACUGGAUAAUUCCACACUGCUAAGCUAUCUAGUCUUAGCCGCUUGUGAAAAGAAUAUUGAAGUUUGAAGUUUUCAUCCAGUACUGCUAGAAGCAAGAAUCAAGAUUCUGGCACAUAGAAUCCCUAGUGUGGAGGCAGGUGAUUUAGCCGAUCAAGGUCCACACGGCCAUUUUAAUCACAGCUAUCUCAGAUGUACUUUCAAGUCAAUAUUUAAGGAAAUAAAUUUGCUUUUCCUAUGAGUCAGCAAAAAUUAAGUCAUUUGUUUAAUUAUUAGUGCAGCUAUUCAGAGGACCACUGUAUCUUAACUAAUGCACCUAUCAGUAUAGAAAUAAAAAUAAUUCCACUUCAUAUUGGGGUGAAAUUUUUAAAAAAAAACAUGAUUCUGAAUGGCUGAAAUAAUUUGUGAUGGUUCAUUAUACUUUUGCAUCUGUCACCUUCCAUAUCUUGGUCUCAACAUUGUUAGUCAACUAGACCUUCAUAAAUGUACAAUUAUUUGGAGAAACACUCUGCUUGAUCAGGUUUGUGUUGACCUUAAAGGAUAUGAGAAUGUUAUACUAAGGUAUUCACUGUUAUCCAGGCCUUAUUUCAUUACUGGACAUAAAUGUUUCAAAUUAACAUGCCACACAGUCAAGCUAGUAAUUUUAAUGGUUUACAUUUAAUUUCCUUGAAUCUCCUAUUCAUGUAUCAAUAAUAACAGUUGAGAAAUGGCUAGAAUCAGAACAUUGACUGCUGAUAAAAGUACAUAUUUUCCCAUUUUUUAUGCCUCAGGAAUUUUUUCCUUCGAUUUAGGAUUUUUUGAAUACUCUUUAUUUUGAGAGUUGGUGAAUCCUUCAGGAAAAGUGUUCAAAUUUCAAUUUUUUAAACAUCUCGUGGUGAAUGUGGACAAAAUUGUACAACCAGUGUUUGAGUGGCCUUAUCAAAAAUUGAAAAAUUUUUAAGUCUAAUUUAACUAUGAAGAGGGGCUGGAUAAGCUCAUGUUGUUUUCUUUCGGGCACAGAAGGCUGAGAGAGGACCUGAUUGAAAUGUAUAAAAUUGUGAGGGGGAGCAUGGACUGGGUGAAUAGAAAACAAUUGCUUCCCUUGGUUGAAGGGUCAUUAACAAGGCUUAAUUUUAAGCCUUGUUGGGGAAGAUGGGGAAGAUAUUUAGAGGAAUUUGGGGAUAACUCCUUUUUGCCCAGAAGGUGGUGGGAAUCUGGAUUGCAUUGCCUGGUAGAGGGAGGAAACCUCCACUACCUUGAAAAAACAUGUGAAUGAGCAAGUGAAAUGUCAUAACAUUCAAGGCUGUGGGCCAAAUGCUGGAAAGUGGAAUGAGUGUAGAAGGUCAGUGCAGGCUCAAUGGGCCAAAGGGACUCUUCUGUAUUGUAUUACUCUGAGUUAUUUCUGCAACUACUUUUCCCCAUUAAUUCAAAUGAAGUGUUGCUGAAGAAAAGAAGCAUAUCAAAUGUAAUCUUUUUGCUGAAGGCAGGGGGAUAGUGAAAGUAUCAUGCACCUCAGUUACCAGGAAAAUAUAGGCUUUUUCAUCAAAUAAAUCUUUGUGUUCAAAUUGCACUUGAGCAGUGUUCUAAAUCUUUUGUGUUCCCUCUGGUGGUAUAUUCUAAAGUCUGAGCACAAGAUUGUCUUGCACUGUUGUAAACCUCAAAGAAGUUGCAACUGUCUGGGAUUGUGGGCUGCUGCUCUCCUUUCUGCAUUUUUCUUUCACAAUAUUAGAUGUAUCUGACAUCGAAACAACAGGAGACAGAGGUUUCUCAAAAAAUCUUAGUGUGAUUGGCAUCGUUAGUGGGGAGUCAGUGGUCUAGAGGUAUUUUGAUGGACUGUUAAUUCAGAAAUCAAGGUAAUGUUUUGGAGAACCAGGUUUGAAUCCUGCCGUGGCAGAUGGUUGAAUUUAGAUGAAAAUAAAUUGGAAUUAAGAGUUAAUGAUGUUCAAUUGUCAAUAAGCAGAAAAACUCACCUGAUUCACUCAUGCCCUUUAGGGAAAGAAACUGCCAUCUGUACCUGGUCUGACCUACAUGUGAGUCCAGAUCCAGAGCAAUGUGGUUGACUCAUAACUGCUGCCUGAGCAAUUAGAGGUGGGCAGUACAUGCUGUCAUUCCCGUGAAUGAAUAAAAAUAAUGCCACAGUUUUAUGUCUUCUGUGUUCUGCCACAUUAUUAGUACGAAGUUAUCUCUUGCAAAUGAAUUUGGGAUAAUUUGAAUUGGAAUAUUUCCAACUUCUGUUCAAUGUUAGUCAAGCUGUCUCCCUCCGUACUAUUUCAGUGGGAAUAUAAUACUAUCAGUCAGCAGUUAAUUUCAUUUUGCCCUUUGCCAUUAUUUGAUGACAAGCUUAUAAAAAGUGCACUUCAAAUCUGCCAAAAAUCAGAAUAACGUUUCUAUAGUGAAACUGCAUCUAAAAUCUGUACAUGAAAAUCAAAUGUUUACCUACAUAGAGAUGCACGUAGUAAAUUGUAGAGUUGGAGUAGAAAAUAUUACCAAAAGAAAUUACAGAAUAUCUUGGUAGUUGAACAUUGUUUGAAAAGUUGAUACUUGUUCAAACUCAGCCUUAUUUUGACAUAAGAGGGAUUAACUUAGUCCUGAUCAAUGCAGAGUUCAAUACUCUUGAGUUUCACACUCUCUACGGAGUUUACUGAGGACACUUGGACAGAACUUGUGACUUUUUGUUGGAGUGAUAUGAAUUGGUUUUUACUAGUUUGAAGAAUGUUGUUGAUUUAACAUAUUAUAUCUGCCUCUGUUCUAAAAGUGCAUCUUGAUUACAUAAGCCUCGAGGAAUGUUGCCAGCUACUCAACUUAUAAAGGUCCACCUUAUUAGUAUUUUGAUUGUGCUAGUUUCAUGAAAGUUUUUAAAAAAUAAAUAUGCAAAAUGUUCCAAUAAAGUUUCAGCGGUAUGUACAAUUAUUUCCACAUAACAUACAGAAA